AACACUACAGUCGUUGAUGCAUUCCGAAAAUCGCGGUGUGCCGUGCUGCUGCUCCUACUGCAUUUCAUUUGUUUAAGUAGUCGCGCGUAUCGUAGUUGGCCACGGAAGAGGUGCCUGUUAUUGUUUUUGUUUUUUUUUUGGGGGAGUUUUUAUGACAGAAAGUCUGGUCGAGGGGGUGGUUUAAAGGGUUCUGCGCAAAAAUGGGGUGUUUUACGACCGGUUUGCGCCGCCACUCGUGAACUUAUAUAUUAAAAGCCGGCUUAAUUAUUAAAGGACUUGUUUCUGUUGGAUUUUUUUUUAAGUGACUUAAAAGAUGGCCUUCGGUCGAAACAACAUAUCGCGCAACCGCAACUCAUGGGGUCCAAUCUCGAGUACGACCCACGUGGGAUUCCCCCGUGCCGAUCCGGAGGAGGAACUCGCCGAAGAGUACACAGAGAGGAUGAUGUCCGCUCAAAGUCGACAAUUAGACCCGCUUAAGGAAGAUCUUGCUGACUGGCUCAACAAGACUUUAGGAAUCGACUAUAUAAACAGAGACAAUUUCCUCGCGGAACUGGAUAACGGCGUGGUCAUUUGCCAUUUGGCGCAAGUCGUUUGCGAAACCGCCAAGAGGGCGGUCAACACUGGAUUGGUCAAAGGGAUCGUACCCACCGUGAGGGGCAAAUGUUUCGAAAAAGCCAUGCGCAGGAGUUUUUUCUCCAGAGAUAACGUGGCCAACUUCAUAAAGUUUUGCAGAACGUUGGGGGUACACGAGAAUUUACUAUUUGAAAGCGACGAUUUAGUCCUUCACAAUCAACCCCGUAACGUUAUCCUUUGCCUGCUGGAAGUAGCUAGGUUAGCUACGAAAUACGGCAUAGAACCACCGGGAUUGGUGCAGCUAGAAAAGGAGAUCGCCGAAGAAGAACGAAACAACUCCGGAGAUUCCGGAUUGAGUUCUUUAUUGUCUUGGCAGUUCCAAGCGAGCCCUCCAAGGUUGGAAUCGGAUUUGAAAAUGAGCCACAGCAGAUCAACUUCUGCUAUAUCACAUUAUGCGCAACGUUGGGACACUGGUCCUCACGUGCUGCUCAUUGAAGAUCCAAGAGACAACAGAGCUUCCGGUGAUAAUACUCUUAAUUCCCUCCCUACUAUUAAACCCAGCGGUGCUAGUGACGGAGUACCCAGUGAUAAUACAGAAGACGAAGAGUGGUCCAGAGGAAGUCCAGAAGAUCCAGAUUUGGAUGUGGCUGAUGCCAUCGAUACGAGUAGGCGCAGUGUCGAUAUUAAAGGUGGGGGUGAUACACCAACGCAAAGCCUAACCACAGAACUGGACAGAAAGGUUCAAUUGGCCGCCCGUUUAAUGCAAAGAAAUUGCAACUGCGCCAACGGCAAAUGCGACAAGUUGAAAGUGAGGAAAGUGGGCGAAGGGAAGUACAAUAUUGCCGGGAAGAACGUUUUUAUAAGGCUCCUGAAAGGUAGACACAUGAUGGUGCGCGUGGGAGGCGGCUGGGACACCUUGGACCACUUCCUGUUACGUCACGACCCGUGCCAGGUGAAGGUCGUAACCCGGGAGAGUCCCGACCGGGAUUCCCCGGACGCUUCCAAAUAUUUGCACAUUCGCGCCAAGUAUCGCAGUCCACCGCCCAGGGAGAACCGGGAGUCGGUCACACGCUGAAUCCUGCCACCGACACUUUCACUCAUACGCCCACGAGCACGCGCAAUUAAACACCGAGUAGAGUGAGGAGUGCGGAAGGAAGUGUAGAGGGAGCUCUACAUUUGUAUCUUUAUUGGAGUUUAAAAUUGUCACGUCCACUGCACGUGAUAAGUUGUCCCUAUCGAGGAUGUUUUAAGCAUUUUGUCCUAAAAAGAGACAACAAUUUUACCCCAAGAGUUUCCUCUACACGUUCCGCACUCCUUGGAUUAGAAUUAUUAAGAGCACGGGAAAAUUGAAGUGAAUUUUCCAUUUUUCACCUUCACGUACUAAAAAAUUCGUUUUUUUUUUAAACUAAAAUUGGGAAACUUCAAUUUUUCCAUUUUUCACUAAUAUCUUGCCAAAUACGACUGACUUGCUUUUUUAAGGGGUUUUCUACGGGGUGUUUGACAUAAGAAUGGACAGAGUGAAUGAAAAUUUUAUUUUUAGCACGUAUACGGUAAUUUAUUACAAUUUUGCACCGUAUCAAAGAUAUCUGAAGCAAUUUUUUCUGUAAUUUUCGCAGUAAGUUAUUGAAAUGGUACCUUAAUUUUUCAUAUCGUAAUAAAGGGGAAAAGUUCUGGAAAAAUGAAAUUGAGGAAAUUUUCAUGACAAUUCUUCUUUUUUUAAAAUUUUCUGAUGUUCACAAAAGUCAGGACCUAGGAAAACUGAAAUUAUGGAAAAUCAUUUUAUUUAUUACUUUUUUAUAUAGGAUUAUGAAAUUUUCGGAUGUUGGUCAAAAUAGUGCCGAGAAGUCGCUCAAAAUUUUACUACUUAAAAAAAUCGCUGAUGAUAAACUCUUGGAGAUGAAAUGUCGUCGUAUUAAAAUUUAUUAACGAGAUCCACAUCCACUGCAAGGAAUCUGGUGACAUGUGACGAUCCUUUUAAGAGAUCUUAAGCUAAGGGAAAUCAUAAACUAUUGAAUUGCUUAAUAAUGAAUGGGUCAAAAGUCCAUUGUUUUCAACAUAUUUACACUUGUUGUUAUUUUUUAGAAAAUCUUAGAUUAACAUACAUAAUUGUAUUGUUUUACCAAAUAAAAACCUAAUUUUAUUCAAAAGUAGUGGUAAACAAAAAAAAUCUCUAAACAUUUAACCAUUAGAUUCCAUAAGUUCAUAAUACCACAAUUGUCGACAAAAAUUGAUGAUUAUUUUAAAUAACUUUUUCCGAACCCAAUCUGCAUGACAUUCUAAAAACUUCUACACCUCACUAUAGCUAUUUAAUGAAAUAAACAUUUUAACACACAAUUUCACUUUUUACAACACUACUAGUCAGUUGAAUAAGGUUUGCAGCAUUAAUUAUGGGUAUUUUUAUAUAUUAUGCGUUUGCAGCAUUUAUAAUGCCUUACCGUAAUCCUGAAAUGUGCAGGACCUCUUAAGAUCCUCUUAAGAAAUUCUCGUCAGAUUCCCAUCUUAAAUUCCCGUUUAAUGAAAAUCGCCGCUGUGAACUUGUGUAAACUUUGUGCAAAAUAAAGUAUUGGCGUAAGGGAGGCCGGGGUUAGUUGCAACAAUUUCCAGAAAUAAUUUUUUUGUAAAAAAGUGAAAAGGGAGAAAAAAUAAUCAAAAUGCAUAAAGAAUUGUAAAACCCUCUUUUAUUAGAACACGCCUCUCGUUUAUUAAAAUAUUUUUUUUUCUACAAAAUAACGAAAAAACUUAACUUAGGCACGCUGUUACAACUUGCUCCAAGUCGGGGUUAGUUGAAACUGGACUGGGGUUAUUCGCAACAGUAGGUUUUAUUAACCUAUAUUAUUUUCUAUAUCUUUUCUAUAGAUUAAAAACUAAAAAAGGAACUGAUAGGAAUAUAAUACUUAAAAACAUACAAAAGGACAAGACUAAAUACGUUCUGCAGUUAGUCUGCAAUCUACAUGUCAUCAUCGGAGUCGCAAUUCUGACAUACGAAAAAUGGCGUUUUGUUAGUACAAUCCUCAUGGGCCCAAUAAUGGCACUGAGUGCACUGCACCCAUUUUUCUUUUGGACGAGAAUUAUUAAAAGACUCUCCAACAAUUUAGGCAAAAUGUUUCCUCUUCCUCCUCCUUUGAGCUGCAGGGAGCCUUCGAUUUUCGAGAAGGGCGGAAUUCUGUUGUAGUCUCUGAUUUCGAUGUUUCUCUUUACCUUUUUUUUUAUUCUUUUUGAAUCUUUUGCUCAUGUAUAAGUUCAAGUUCUUGCUUAUUUGGUGAGUCGGUCCAAAUGGCGGAUUUGCCGCGCUUUCUGCCUUUUCUUGUACCAGUACGUUCUGCAGCCUGUGGAGUGGGUCAUAAAUCUUCUGGAGUAAAACGAUUCUUCUGAAUACUAGUGGAUGGACCAGGUUGUUCUAUAACUUGCGGUUGUACAACUUCUAACUCAUCGUUGUUUGGAGUCUUUUCAAGGGUAAUAAGAAGUGGGGGCAAGUGAGUCUGUGCUUUCCCAUUUUCUUCUACCUCAUGGGCAAUUACCAGUGGUCGGUCACUAACUGCAGAAGACAGAAACUCGUCCUCACUAAAGAUAUGCCGAUCAAAAGGGUAUAUUCCCGAUACUUUAAAUCCAGCUUGGAUGUUGCUCGGUGUUGACGCUAAUGGUAAUGCUUCUUUUGCAAUCGCAGGAAUGUUAUAUAUCGUCAUUGUUUUGCCUGGAUUAUUUCGCAUCCAGGCAUCACUGACAGCAUUGACAUAUUUUUUUAAAGACCCGUAGACAGAGCGGUCUAGUGGCUGUAAUUUGUGGGAACAAUGCGGGGGCAAACUAACCACUAUUAUCCCAUUUUCUUUACAAAAAUUAAUAUCGUUUAAGGAUAAAUGGGAUUCAUGAUUAUCCAAUAGCAGCAAGACAGGUUUUUCCUUUGUGGUUCUAGUGUGUUUUCCAAAAUGUGUUAAGAAAAUAACAAACUCAGUUUCUGUCAUCCAACCGGAAGGAUUGGCUGCUCCAAUACAUCCAAGCGGUCCAUUAUUAACAAAAUACUCCCUGUAGUUUUUUCUAGGGAACAAAAACAUUGGCGGAACUGAGUUUCCAUUUGCGUUAACUGCAAAGUAAAAUGUGACUAGAGUCCCUCUUUCGGCCGACGUCAUAAAUCCUACUUGUUUCGUCCCACGUUUCGCAAUUACCCUGUCCGGCUUUUGUACAGUCGUCAUGCCCAUUUCAUCCACAUUAUAUAUUAUAUCUUGGGGCUCAAAUGUAUAGCGGUCCAAAAUUUCCUGCAAAAGGUCAAAAAAACUUUGCGACAUUGUGUUUAUUAAAGCUCGUUGCACGACUAAGGCUUGUUGCUUCAGGACACCUUAGAGAUAAUGUGGGAUGACGUUUAAGGAAAGCUUCUAGACGGUGUUAGGAUAUGGACAUAACGGGGAUCAUUGAUCCUCGACCAUAGCAAAGCCCCCUCGACCAUUGGUCCGACCCUUGCUCCGACCCAUGCGCCGCAGUGGUCACAUCGAGGUUCGGAGCAUCGCAUUUUUACACUAGUUUGGCGUAAACAAGCGUCGCAUAAACAUAGAUUUUUUAAACUCCUCUUCAUCAGAUGAAGAAGAUAUUAUUUUGAGUUGUAGUGCUAAAAAGUGGUACCUAUAUAAAAGGUAUCAAAAUACGAAAAUACAACGAUGAGGCAAAAUUUGUACGAGAAAAUUUUAAAACUUAUUUUAUGCAACAGAACCAAAUUAUAAACUGGUAGUUUAAAAAAAAAUUGUUUAUUCUUACCUGGCAUAUCACACUCAUUUGCUAUUUCAUUCCACAUUUUUUUAAUAAUAAUGCAGUUAUGAUGAUUUUUGUCUAUUUUGUUCCAAAUAGGCUCUCGAGCAAAAACAAGCCCGAUUAACUUUUCUUUAUCCAUGUUAAGCGACGGCAGCGAUUUAACGCGACAUUCUCCGGUCGAGGGUGUAAAAAAUACUAAGCUCGAUUUUUACCCUGGUACGAUGUAGAGACCUUAGCUCCGACGCGCUAUGCGCGGAGCGAUGGUCGGCGCUCCAAUGUUGCCACACAGAUCUAACAGUGUGUAUUUAUUUUUUAUGGCGAGCAGAGCUAUGGUGCAAUGUUAUGGUCAAAGCGAUGGUCGGCGCUCCGUUAUGUCCACCCACUUAGUCUGCGACCCAAUAGAGCUACAAAUUUGUUACGCGCGCGAUGAAUAUCGGUAAUAUCUCUCAUGUGUAUUAAUAUUUAUUUCUAUGUUUUAUAUAUAUAACGUACAUACAAAAUCGUUUGGGGGUAAGUUGACACUUGUUUCAACUUACCCCCACAGGACUGUUUUAACUAGCCCCACAGGACGGCAUUUUAUUAUAUUUUUCAUAACUAAAACUAAACCGAAAAAAUCACGCAUUUGAGAGUAGAUUAUCAUAAAACAUACCUUCGUUCACUAUUUAUCCAAAAAAAUUAUUAAUCCUUAACGUUUUUACACUGUAGUGAAAGAAAAACUGCGUCGCACUUUAUUUACUCGACCAGCUUAAAAACAUAAAAUCUGUGCUUGCUCUCACAGUUGGUAGCCGACUGACCUACGGGUAUACUCGAAGGUAGAGGGUCACAAGGCGAGCUAAAUCGAUAUUUUUCGAUACUCCUGCCAUCUACCGUUUUCGCGUGAAACCGGAUGUUUCAACUUGCCCCUGUGUCAACUAACCCCGGUCUCCCCUACUCUUUAUUAGUGUAUGGAACAUGUGGGCGAUUUUGUCUUGCAUCUUUUAAUAAAAAUAUUAUUUUAAUAAUUUUUUCUAGCUUCUGACAAGCCAUCAACAAAGCUAAAUAAUAAAAUUUUUGUUGCAAAUUUUAAUGACUUUUUCCUUUUGUUUAUUAAUUAAAAAUCUGAUUUUUUCCAGCAUUUUUUUAAAUCUUGAUGUUGAUUUUUGCAUCUCAUUGAAUGACUCAUAACUCGCAGAUGUUUUCAAUAAUUAACAAUUUGCGUCGGAAAUGAUUAAUUUUCUAACUUGUGCAGUUUUCAAGCUCUGAUGGACUUUGGACCCAUACACUAAUAAGGAAUUUAAUAGUUUAUGAUUUUCCCUAAGUGCCCUUAAAAGGAUCGUGACAUGUUACCAGUAACCCUGUAUAUGGAAUGUCCCAAAUGCGAGGGUGAAUAGAACCAAGAAAGAGUUGAUGAUGGUUGCUGAAUGAGAAAACGUCGUGUCAUUAAUUUUAGUUUACAAGUCAUCUAUUUCGCUCUUCAACCUAAGAUAACGCCAAGAUCAUUUUUUAAAUUUUGGUAUGGAAAUAAUUUAUUUAAAUCGACCUUGUUACUCUCAAAUUUGGGACAGCCCUAUAUAUUCAGAUGAUAAAUAUUUUUACACUAAUAUACAGGGUGAUUUAUCAAAAAAAAAUUAAAAAUCUUUGGCAUUAAAUUAAAAAAAAAUAUAUUUGUACCAUUGACUCUUAUUACAGCAUACACAGAAUAAAAAAAAACAAAGUGAACAAUCAAAUCCGUUAUUCCGAUCACUUAUUGGAAUUUUACUUAAAAUUUAAAUUUAGUCUCACUUAAAAGUUCCGAGCCUGUAAACUCGGACUCUUAAAAACAAAACAGUUCAAAUUCAUCUUAAAGAAAAAAGUAGAUUUCCUUUUGAGAAACGAGUCGAGAUCUGAUUUUUUUCCUUCCGAAAUUUUAAUAAAAUCAGGUCUGUACUAUACGUGAAAGAUCUAAAAAAUAUAAUAAAGGAAUUUCCGUCAUAAGAAGGAUAAGAAUUAUUAACAAUUAAUUACUCAAAAAAUAAUACGUCCGAACCUGAAUGUUUCAGUUUUUUUUUCACUCUGUAUCCAAAUACAGGGUUAAUCCGUAAUGAAAGUCACGUCUCAAUUGUUUUUUAUUUCCAAAUUAAAAAAAAUAUAAAUUUGGUCCAUUAGCGCGAUGUUUCGUGAAACACCCUUGAUAGUUUGGCCUCAAUUCUCUUAAAAAUCAAAAUAUUUUUAACGAGUUGGUACUCUUUUUUCAGCUAAUUUUUCCUAAUUGAUUCAAUGGUAAAAUCAAAUUUUUGGUACUAGGAACAAUAUUUCAAAAAUCGGAGAAUUUACUUAGAAUUCAAAAUAUCCCCACCGACUUGGUACUUUUUGCAAUUUUCCUUUAAAAUAAAACGCACACUUCAAGCAUACAGUGCCAACCAAAAGUGGAGAAACUUUUAAUUUUAAUUUUUUUCUUAUUAAAACUAAUUCGAAGUAGUUGUAAAUAAUGUUUAUGGUUAUAUCUAGUAGUGACGAAAAUAAUUAGAAAAAAAAAUUGAAAACAAAUAAUUUAUUACAAAAUAUGCAAACAAAAUUUAUUUUCUCUAAGGACAAAAAUAAUAAGUGGCCACAAAAUACUUUGUGGCAUAACCGUUAUUCUUCACAACUUCACUACACCGUCUUGG